AUGAAGCAUGUACAACGCUUCAAAGCCCGGAUUCUUGGGCGGUCGGAGUCGCCACCCAAGCCGACACUUGAGAACUCAUGCGCCCGCCUGGACGAGUCCUCAAGCAGUGUAACGGAGCCAACAAAAUCCCGCACUACCACACAUGGCCUAUUCAUAUUAGCGGACAGCAAGCCAGAUGAGGCAGGUCUCAUGGGUUUUCCAGUAGACAUUGUUGCGAUUCAUGGCCUUAAUGGAAAUGCAAUCUCAACAUGGCGACACGAGCCUGAUGGCACCGUAUGGCUUCGGGACCUCCUCCCCAAUUUUUUACCUGGAUGUCGGGUCUACACAUAUGGCUAUCCUUCCAAAAUAUGGUCUCAAUCGUCCGAAAGGGUUCAGGAGUAUGCACUCAACCUUCUGGUUUCCUUAAGGGAUAUUCGGGAAAAUUUAAAUGCCGCGCUUGUUGCUGCUCACGAAAACGACGACCUUUAUGGGGACGUACUGAAGUCUGUCCGAGGCGUCGUGUUUUUGGCUACUCCACAUAGAGGAAGUAAUGCAGCAAAUCUAGCCAGUAUUUGCGGUUCAAUUGUCAAUAGCUUCGCGUCUGCUGGAUUAGGACCGAAAACAGUGAGGACUGACCUGCUCAAAACUUUAAUAUAUGACUCGGAUACGCUCCAAGACCUGACGAUGUCAGCACGGAACCGUUUAGGCAAUAUUCACGUAGUUUCGUUCUAUGAAACUUUGCCUUUGCCAAUGGGCCCGCUGUCCUCCUCCUUGGUUGUCAGCCCUGCUUCUGCUAUGCUUGGCAUUCCAUACGAAGAAGUAAUUCCCAUGCCAGAAGAUCACAGAACUAUUUGUCGUUUUCCUGGCGAGACAGAAAGCUACUUGAAAGUGGCGAGAGCUCUUCGAAGGAUUGCCACUAAGUCCUCAAAUGUCGGCCCAACAAUCAAGCGCACCAGCACGCACUCAUCUAAUAUUGUCCUUAGUGACUUGGAAAGAACCUGCAUGUUGCUUCUUAGUGAUAACGAUGUCGCGAAAGAUGUUGAACCGCCCCCAAAGCCAGUCCCUGGCACAUGUCAGUGGAUUCGCGGCCACAGUUUGUUCGUCUCUUGGCUCGAAAAAGGUACCAAUGCUCUCCUGUGGCUUACAGGUCAUCCGGGCUGCGGUAAGACAAUGUUGUCCUACUCGUUGGCCCAAUAUUUCGAUGAUGCCUGCAAUAAGUCUCGGAAUGUCCUCAUCUAUCUGUGCCAGAACAAGAACAAGCAGACGGAUGCAAGGGCAGUACUCGUUGGCCUUAUCCUUCAGAUAAUUCAUCGUCAUCGCUCGCUUGUCAGAUAUAUUCGUUCAGCGUUUGAAAAACAAGGAUCAAGCAUCAUUCAGUCCUUCGCCUCGCUCUGGCGUAUUUUUCUUAGGAUUACAAUGGAUCCCAAAUCCGGGCCCCUCUAUGUUAUUCUAGACGCGCUCGAUGAGUGUCAGAAGACAUCAUGUCAUCAAUUGCUCGUCUCGAUAUCUGACAUGCUGACCGACUCUUCUCAGUCGAUGAAGGGUGGUAGCAGGGUCAAGUUUCUUAUCACAAGCCGACCAUUUCUUCAUCAAUCCUAUGCCAACAGCCAAAAAGUGUUUCAAUCUCAAAUAUCAAUCGAUGAUGACCAAACUGGCUACACUGAAGACCUUCAGACUUUCAUCCAAGAGCGAAUCCAUGAAAUUUCUCUCAACAGGCAAUUCUCAAACGACAUCAGGGACUUUUUAUGCGAAGCGAUAAUGUCUAAAGCCGAUCGGACUUUUCUAUGGAUUCACAUGGUUCUCGCAUCGAUCGAGAAGAGUCUACUUACUUCGAGGAAAGAGUUCCAGAAGAUUAUAACCAGCAUUCCUGAAGGCCUCGCCGAAAUAUACCAUCGUUAUCUGACUGCCAUACCCUUGGAUCAUCAAGAGGACGCGUCAAAAUUACUGAAGCUACUUUUAGCAUGCUCCAGGCCCCUGUCUCUGGAUGAACUCAACAUCGCAUUCACAAUGGACCCUUCGUACACUACGGCUGAGUCGAUCAUGCAAAACUCUCAUAACUCAAUUGCUCACACUGUUCAGGGUAUCCUAGGGUCUUUAGUAAGAGUCACAGGGCAACAAGUAUCCUUGGUCCACCAGUCCGUGAAGGACUAUCUCCAAGAUCAAUACAUCGCUAGCAUCGACAGCCCUCCUGCGAUACGUAUGGUCAAUCCGCAAGGCUCCGCUCUACAGCUGGCUACUGUAUGCAUCCAAUACCUUCUUCUUGAUGAUUUCACAGUCGACUUCUUUCCAACAAAUGACUCGCCUACUUCGGUCAUUGUAGAAGAAACAGACGUCUUUGGUGAGCUACCUCUGGGCGACUUUGAAGGCGACUUUUGGGACCACGAAGAUCACGACCUGGACUCCAAUACGUUGUUUCACGAUCCCGCUAUCCUGCAUCCUGAAAUCUGCGAUUCAUUGGUCUCAGACUAUCCUUUUUACACAUAUGCAUCCUUGCAUUGGGCAGAACACUUCGCUAGAUGCGAGUAA